AUGAAAGCAAAUAUUAAAGAGGGGUUUUACGCCAAAUCGACGGAAUUCUCAGACGUUUUCAAAAGAGGAUGUAACAAAUGUGGUAUAGUGGACUUUUUUCAAGCUAAAAAAAUGAGGAUUAAAACUGGAAUUAUAUUUUGGAAUCUCGUUUUUUUAAUGAUGAUCACAUGUGUGCGAGGUUUCAUAUAUACUUGUGGAGGGACAUUAAAAGGUAGGAAUGGUACCAUAGAAAGCCCCGGUUUUCCAUAUGGAUAUCCUAAUGGUGCAAACUGUACUUGGGUUAUUGUAGCAGAGGAGAGGAACAGAAUUCAGAUAGUCUUUCAGUCUUUCGCUGUGGAGGAGGAAUACGACUUUUUAUCACUGUACGAUGGACAUCCUCACCCAGCUAACUUCAGGACAAGGUUGACGGGAUUCCAAAUCCCUCCACCUGUGACAAGCACCGGCUCUGUGUUUUCUCUGCGUCUUACGAGCGACUUUGCUGUGAGUGCGCACGGAUUUAAGAUCUACUAUGAAGAGUUGCAGAGCAGCUCCUGUGGUAACCCGGGCGUCCCACCCAAAGGUAUCCUGUAUGGGACCCGCUUCAACGUGGGCGACAAGAUCCGCUAUAGCUGCGUGUCGGGGUAUGUCCUUGAUGGCCACCCGCAGCUCACCUGUGUCACCAACAGCGGAAAUGCUGCCGUGUGGGACUUCCCAGUCCCCAUCUGCAGAGCUGAGGACACAUGUGGUGAUACUCUGAGAGGUUCAAGCGGCAUCAUUUCGAGCCCCAAUUUCCCCAGUGAAUAUUACAAUAGUGCGGACUGUACGUGGACCAUACUUGCUGAUCCCGGAGACACCAUCUCCAUCAUUUUUACAGACUUCCAGAUGGAAGACAAGUAUGACUACUUGGAAGUGGAAGGGUCAGAACCUCCAACGAUAUGGCUGUCUGGGAUGAACAUUCCAUCACCCAUUGUCAGCAACAAGAACUGGCUGAGGCUACAUUUUGUAACUGACAGCAACCAUCGAUACAGAGGCUUUAGUGCUCAUUAUCAAGUGAAAAGGUCCAUAGAUUUUAAAUCUAGAGGAGUAAAAUUAUUCCCAGGCAAAGACAACAGCAACAAGGUUUCUCUCUUGAACGAAGGAGGGAUUAAGCAAGCGUCCAAUUCCUGUCCGGACCCAGGGGAGCCAGAGAAUGGCCGGCGAAUUGGCUCCGACUUCAGCAUCGGAGCCACGGCCCAGUUCACCUGUGAUGAGGACCAUGUGCUACAGGGUUCCAAAACCAUUACCUGCCAGCGUGUUGCUGAAGUGUUCGCCGCCUGGAGCGACCACCGGCCUGCGUGCAAAGUGAAAACUUGUGGGUCCAAUUUGCAAGGGCCUGCUGGGACAUUCACCUCCCCCAAUUUUCCCAUCCAGUACGAGAGCAACUCCCAGUGCGUGUGGAUAAUUACUGCCAGCAACCCCAAUAAGGUGAUACAGAUUAACUUUGAAGAGUUUGAUCUGGAGAUUGGCUAUGACACUUUAACCAUUGGAGAUGGUGGGGAAGUUGGGGACCCCAGAACUAUCCUGCAAGUGUUGACAGGCAGUUUUGUCCCAGACCUGAUCGUCAGCAUGACCCAUCAGAUGUGGCUCCACCUGCAGUCUGACGAGAGCGUGGGAUCCAUCGGGUUCAAGAUCAACUACAAAGAAAUUGACAAAGAAAGCUGUGGGGAUCCUGGCACACCCCUGUAUGGAAUUCGGGAGGGCAACGGCUUCUCCAAUGGGGACAUGCUGCGCUUCGAGUGCCAGUUUGGAUUCGAGCUCAUUGGGGAGAGGACAAUAUCCUGUCAAAACAACAAUCAGUGGUCGGCCAACAUCCCCAUCUGCAUCUUUCCCUGUUUGUCAAAUUUUACGGCCCCGAUGGGGACUGUGCUGUCCCCAGACUACCCCGAGGGCUAUGGAAACAACCUUAACUGCGUUUGGCUCAUCAUCUCAGAGCCUGGCAGCCGGAUACACCUGGCCUUCAACGAUUUCGACCUAGAGGCUCCCUAUGACUUCCUCACCGUGAAGGACGGGGAGCUGCUGGACUCAGCCAUCCUGGGUCGCUUCUCAGGUGCCGAGGUCCCAUCCCACCUCACCAGCAACACCAACAUCCUGAGGCUGGAGUUCCAGGCUGACCAUUCCAUGUCUGGCCGGGGCUUCAAUAUCACCUACAGCACUUUUGGCCACAAUGAGUGCCCUGAUCCAGGAGUCCCACUAAACGCCCGCCGCUUUGGGGACAGCUUCCAGCUGGGCAGCUCCAUCUCGGUGGUGUGCGAGGAGGGCUUCAUCAAGACCCAGGGCACAGAGACCAUCACCUGCGAAUUAGACCAGGGGAAGGUGAUGUGGAGCGGCCCCAUUCCCAAAUGUGAAGCUCCCUGCGGGGGACACUUCUCCGCCCCGAGCGGUGUUAUCCUGUCCCCAGGGUGGCCCGGAUACUACAAGGACUCCCUCAGCUGUGAGUGGGUCAUAGAGGCAGAGGCAGGGCACUCCAUCAAGAUCACCUUUGACAGAUUCCAGACGGAGCUCAACUAUGACUUCUUAGAACUUCACGACGGGCCCAACCUGCUGUCCCCACUCAUCAGCUCCUUCAACGGGACACAGGUCCCUCAGUUCCUCUUCAGCAGCAGCAAUCAUCUCUACCUGCUCUUCACCACCGACAACAGCCGCUCCAACAGUGGCUUCAAAAUCUACUAUGAAAGCGUGACAGUGGACACCUACUCAUGCCUCGACCCGGGGAUCCCUGUAAACGGCCUGCGCUAUGGGCAGGACUUCUCCAUAGGCUCCACCGUGUCAUUUGGCUGUGACCCUGGGUACCGGCUAAAUCACGAGGAGCCACUGGUCUGCGAGAAGAACCACUGGUGGAGCCACCCACUGCCUACUUGCGAUGCUCUUUGUGGUGGUGAUGUCAGAGGUCCCGGAGGUACGAUUCUGUCACCUGGAUACCCUGAGAUGUAUCCCAACUCACUUAACUGCACGUGGACGGUGGAGGUCAGCCAUGGAAAAGGAGUCCAAUUUACCUUUCACACUUUCCAUUUGGAAGAUCACCAUGACUACUUACUGAUCACGGAGAACGGCAGCUUCGUUCAGCCCUUGGCUCGUCUCACAGGCUCUGAGCUCCCCUCCCCAAUCAACGCCGGCCUCUACGGCAACUUUAAAGCUCAGCUACGCUUCAUUUCCGAUUUCUCCAUUUCCUACGAAGGCUUCAACAUCACAUUCUCAGAAUACAACCUGGAGCCGUGCGAGGACCCGGGUGUGCCACGGUUUGGCCGACGUAAUGGCUACAGCUUUGGCAUUGGGGAUACACUCACUUUCUCCUGUAACAUGGGCUACCGCUUGGAGGGGGCUCCAGAGAUCAUCUGCCUGGGAGGGGGUCGCCGCAUGUGGAGCGCACCUCUGCCAAGGUGUGUGGCGGAGUGCGGCUCGUCAGUCAUCAACAACGAAGGCAUCCUGCUAUCACCCAACUACCCCAUGAACUAUGAGAACAACCAUGAGUGUAUCUACAGUAUCCAGGUGCAGGCUGGGAAGGGAAUCAACAUCUCCGCCAGGACCUUCCAUCUGGCCCAGGGAGAUAUCCUCAAGAUCUAUGAUGGGAAGGACAACAUGGCACACGUUCUGGGGGCAUUCACCGGCUCUGCCAUGCUGGGCCUGACACUUAUCAGCACCUCCAAUCACCUGUGGCUAGAGUUCUACUCUGAUGCCGAAUCCACAGGAGAGGGCUUCAAGCUAGUCUACUCCAGUUUUGAGCUGUCACACUGCGAGGACCCCGGCAUGCCCCAGUUUGGGUUCAAGGUCAGCGACCAGGGCCAUUUCUCCGGUAGCACCAUCACCUACCGCUGCAACCCCGGCUACACCCUCCAUGGCAGCAGCGUGCUGAAGUGCAUGACUGGAGAGCGCCGCGCGUGGGACAACCCCCUCCCUUCCUGCAUAGCUGAAUGCGGAGGAAGAUUCAAAGGCGAGUCCUCGGGACGCAUCCUCUCACCCGGAUACCCGUUCCCUUAUGACAACAACCUGCGCUGCACCUGGAUCAUCGAGGUGGACUCAGGCAACAUUGUCAGCCUGCAGUUCUUGGCAUUUGACACCGAGGCAUCCCACGACAUUCUGAAGGUUUGGGAUGGCCCGCCAGAGAACGAAAUGUCCCUGAGGGAGGUGAGCGGGUCGCUGCUCCCCGAGGGGAUCCACAGCACCCUCAAUCUGGUCACUAUCCAGUUCGAGACUGACUUCUACAUCAGCAAGUCUGGCUUCGCCAUCGAGUUCUCCAGCUCGGUAGCCACGGCCUGCAGAGACCCGGGGGUGCCCAUGAAUGGCAGCCGCAAUGGGGACGGAAGGGAGCCAGGCGAUACCGUUACCUUUCUCUGUGACCCGGGGUAUGAGCUACAAGGGGAGAUGAAGAUCACCUGCAUUCAGGUGGAGAACCGAUACUACUGGCAGCCCAGCCCUCCUGUCUGCAUAGCGCCUUGUGGUGGGAAUCUGACAGGGUCUUCGGGGUUCAUCCUGUCCCCAAACUACCCCCACCCCUACCCCCACAGCAAGGACUGCGACUGGCUGAUAGCUGUCAACUCAGACUAUGUCCUUUCACUGGCGUUCAUCAGUUUCAGCAUUGAGCCCAACUAUGACUUUCUGUACAUCUAUGAUGGGCCUGACAGCAACAGUCCCCUCAUCGGCAGCUUUCAGGACAGCAAGCUGCCAGAGCGAAUUGAAAGUAGUUCCAACACCAUGCAUUUAGCCUUCCGCAGCGACGGCUCUGUCAGCUACACCGGCUUUCAUCUGGAAUACAAAGCCAAGCUGCGGGAGUCGUGCUUCGAUCCCGGCAAUGUUAUGAACGGGACCAGGCUAGGGAGCGACUACAAGCUGGGCUCCACCGUCACCUUCUACUGCGAGCCGGGGUACAUGCUGCAGGGCUACUCCACGCUGACCUGCAUCAUGGGGGACGACGGCCGGCCUGGCUGGAACCGGGUCCUGCCCAGCUGCCAGGCUCCAUGUGGAAGCCGGUCCACAGGAACUGAGGGUACAGUCCUGUCACCGAACUACCCCCGGAACUACACCGUGGGACACAGCUGUGUAUACGCCAUCUCUGUUCCCAGGGAAUUUGUGCUGUUUGGACAGUUUGUGCUCUUCCAAACCUCUCUCAAUGACGUGGUGGAUAUCUAUGAUGGGCCUACACAGCAGUCCCCCCUGCUGUCCUCUCUCUCUGGGUCACACUCAGGAGAGUCUCUGCCUUUAAGCACAGGGAACCAAGUCACCAUCAAGUUCACCACAGUCGGGCCGGAAACGGCCAAAGGCUUUCAUUUCGUGUACCAAGCUGUCCCCAGGACUAGUUCAACCCAGUGCAGCUCGGUCCCCGAGCCGCGCUUCGGGAAGAGGAUCGGGAAUGACUUUGCGGUUGGUGCUGUCGUGCUAUUUGAGUGCAACCCGGGCUACACCCUACAUGGCUCCAUCGCCAUCCGCUGCGAAACGGUCCCCAACGCCCUGGCACAGUGGAAUGACUCACUGCCCACGUGCAUCGUGCCCUGCGGCGGAGCGCUGACAGCUCGCAGAGGGACCAUCCUGUCUCCCGGCUACCCAGAGCCCUACGACAACAAUCUGAAUUGUGUGUGGAAGGUCUCCGUGCCCGAAGGAGCCGGAAUCCAAGUCCAAGUUAUAAGUUUCGCCACAGAGCACAACUGGGACUCUCUGGACUUCUACGAUGGGGCAGAUAACAACGCCCCAAGACUUGGAAGCUAUUCAGGGACUACAAUCCCGCAGCUCUUGAACAGCACCUCCAACAACCUGUACCUGAACUUCCAGUCGGACAUCAGCGUUUCUGCAGCGGGGUUCCACCUGGAGUAUACAGCGAUAGGUUUGGAUUCCUGCCCGGAGCCGCAGACCCCCACCUAUGGGAUUAAAGUAGGCGACCGCUACAUGGUGGGCGACGUGGUGCAGUUCCAGUGUGAGCAAGGCUACUCCCUGCAGGGGAACCCUUACAUAACCUGCAUGCCUGGACCAGUGCGAAGAUGGAAUUACCCUGUGCCUCUGUGUCUCGCUCAGUGUGGCGGGUCCAUGACAGACUUCACCGGUGUGAUCCUAAGUCCUGGCUUUCCCGGAAAUUACCCCAGCGGGUUGGACUGCACCUGGACCGUCAAGCUUCCCAUUGGCUUUGGAAUUCACCUGCAAUUCCUGAACUUCUCCACGGAGGCCAUCCAUGACUACCUGGAGGUGCGGAGCGGAUCCCUGGAGACUGGAACCGUGAUUGACAGGUUCAGCGGGCCCCUGGUCCCGGAGUCUUUCUUCAGCACCACCCACGAGACCAGCUUCUUCUUCCACAGUGACUACUCCCAAAACAAGCCCGGCUUCCACAUCACUUACCAGGCCUAUCAGCUGCAGAGCUGUCCUGACCCCCGGCCCUUCCGUAACGGCAUUGUGAUUGGAAGCGACUUCAGCGUGGGCCUGACAGUGUCGUUCGAGUGCUUGCCGGGGUACUCCCUGAUUGGGGAGGCCUCGCUCACCUGCCUGCAUGGGAUUAGCCGGAACUGGAACUACCCGGUGCCACGUUGUGAAGCUCUCUGUGGAGGCAACAUCACGUCCAUGAAUGGGACCAUUUACUCUCCAGGACAUCCUGCAGAGUAUCCUAACUUUCAAGAUUGUGUGUGGAGUGUCAGAGUCCCACCUGGGAACGGGAUUUACAUCAACUUUACUGUCCUCAGUACAGAGCCCAUCUAUGACUACAUUACCGUUUGGGAUGGUCCUGACCAGAGCUCCCCCCAGAUUGGCCAGUUCAGUGGAAACACAGCGUUGGAGUCAGUCUACAGCACCUCCAAUCAGAUCCUCAUCAAGUUCCACAGCGACUUCAGCGGAAGCGGGUUUUUUGUCCUCAGUUACCAUGCAUACCAGCUCAGAGUCUGUCAGCCACCCCCGGCUGUGGCCAAUGCCAAUAUCUUGAUCGACGAUGACGAAUUCGAAAUAGGAGACAUCAUCCGGUACCAGUGCCACCCCGGGUUCACGCUGGUAGGGAGCGAGAUCCUGACAUGUCGGCUGGGGGAGCGGCUCCAGAUGGACGGACCUCCUCCCGUGUGCCAAGUGCAAUGCCCAGCCCAUGAUGUGCGCUUCGACUCCAGCGGGGUCAUCCUGAGUCCUGGCUACCCAGACAGCUACCCGAACCUGCAGAUGUGCUCCUGGAGCAUCAAUGUGGAGAAGGGAUACAACAUCACCCUGUACUUUGAGUUCUUCCAGACCGAGAGGGAGUUCGACAUCCUGGAAAUCUUUGACGGGCCCAGCAUCCACAGCCAGACUCUGGCUACUCUGAGUGGGGACCUCCCCACUCCCUUCAACAUCACCACCACUGGCCACCAGCUGCUCCUGCGUUGGUCGGCCGACCAUGGCACCAACAAGAAGGGUUUCCGUAUCAGAUAUGUCGCCCUGUACUGCAGCACCCCUGAGUCACCAGCGCAUGGUUCCAUUGCCAGCCAGACAGGUGGACAUCUCAACAGCCUGGUGCGCUGGAGCUGCGACCGUGGCUACCGCCUGAUUGGCAAGAGUACGGCCGUCUGCCGGAAGACUCCCCACGGCUACUAUGCCUGGGACUCCCCCGUCCCAGCCUGUCAAGCUGUGUCCUGUGGGGUGCCCAAGGCCCCAGUGAACGGAGGUGUGCUGACGGCUGAUUACUCCGUGGGAACGCGCGUGACCUACUUCUGCAAUGACGGCUACCGGCUGUCCUCCAAGGAGCUGACUAGUGCCGUGUGCCAGCCUGACGGCACCUGGAGCAACCACAACAAAAUCCCGCGCUGUUCAGUGGUGGUGUGUCCCAGCAUCGGCUCGUUCUCUCUGGAGCAUGGGAGGUGGAGGAUCGUUAACGGCUCCCAUUAUGAGUACAGGACCAAGAUCAUCUUCAGCUGUGACCCUGGAUACUACCGGCUGGGCCCUGCCCACAUCCAGUGCAUGGCCAAUGGCAUGUGGAGCUGGAAGAACGAGAGGCCACACUGCCAGAUCAUCUCAUGUGGAGAUCUCCCCACCCCUCCUAACGGGAAGAAAAUUGGAACACAGAUGACCUUCGGUGCCACCGCCAUCUUCACCUGUGACGGGGGCUACAUGCUGGUGGGCUCCACCGUGCGCGAGUGCCUGUCGUCCGGCCUGUGGAGCGGAACAGAGACCCGAUGCCUCGCGGGCCACUGUGGGGUGCCAGAGCCCAUCGUGAAUGGGCAGGUGAUCGGGGAGAACUUCGGCUACAGGGACACAGUGGUGUACCAGUGCGUCCCCGGGUUCCGCCUCAUCGGCUCCUCGGUGCGGAUCUGCCAACAGGACCACAACUGGUCGGGACAGCUCCCCGUCUGCGUGUCCAUCAGCUGUGGUCAUCCAGGAAGUCCCAUAUAUGGGCGCACCAUUGGGAAUGGCUUUAACCUGAACGAUGUGGUGAGCUUCUCCUGCAACACAGGCUAUAUCCUUGAGGGCCCCUCGAGGGCCCAGUGCCAGGCCAACCGCCAGUGGAGCCAACCACCACCAACGUGUAAAGUGGUCAACUGCUCCGAUCCCGGCAUCCCAGCCAAUUCCAUCCGGGAGAGUAAGAUUGAGCAUGGCAACUUCACCUUCGGCACCGUGGUCUUUUACGACUGCAACCCGGGCUACUAUUUGUUCGGAUCAUCUGUGCUCACCUGCCAGCCUACAGGACAGUGGGACAAGCCGUUACCCGAGUGCAUCGUCAUCGACUGUGGCCACCCCGGGUCCCCUCCCAAUGGCAUCCUGAGUGGGGACAAGUUCACCUUCGGCUCAACGGUGCGCUACUCCUGCACCGGGGGGAGGGAGCUGAUUGGCCAGUCGUCACGCACUUGCCAGCUCAAUGGACACUGGAGCGCCCCAAUGCCUUACUGCUCAGGUGACUCCUCGGGAACCUGUGGAGACCCCGGCACCCCUGCCCAGGGGAGCAGAGAGGAGAGCGAUUUCAAUAUCCGCAGCAAGGUGCGCUUCAGCUGCUCCACAGGCUACAUCCUGUAUGGCUCAGAGGAGAGGAUGUGCUUUGCCAACGGAACCUGGUCCGGCACACAGCCCACAUGCAAACCGGUGCAGUGUGGAAACCCAGGGACCCCCAGCAACGGCCGUGUGUUCCGGAUUGACGGCACCAGCUUCUCUCACUCGGUCAUCUACUCCUGCAUGGAUGGCUAUCUGCUGUCCGGCUCAUCCACGCGCCAGUGUCUGGCCAAUGGAACCUGGUCCGGCAGUGCUCCCAACUGCACAAUGAUAAAUUGUGGGGAGCCAGGGGUCCCUGCCAAUGGGCUGCGGUACGGAGAGGACUUUUCCAUCGGCCAGAACAUCACUUUCAUGUGCCAGCCCGGCUACACCAUGGAGCCUGCCGGCUCUGUUGUCCGCACCUGCACCGGAAAUGGAACCUGGAGCGGCCUCAUGCCAACCUGUAAAGCCGUCACCUGCGCAGCCCCACCUGCCAUCUCCAAUGGGAUCUUGGAGGGGAUGGACUUUGAGUGGGGCACAAGCGUGAGCUACAGCUGCUCCCCGGGGUAUGAGCUGUCCUUCCCGGCCAUCCUCACCUGUGUGGGCAACGGCUCCUGGAGCGGGGAGGUGCCCCAGUGCCUGCCCAAGUUCUGCGGGGAUCCUGGGGUGCCGGUGCAUGGCCUGAGGGAAGGCCGCAGCUUCAUCUACCAGUCGGAGGUGUCCUUCAGCUGCAGUGCCCCCUACAUCCCAGUGGGCUCCACGACUCGCAUCUGCCAGGCUGACGGCACCUGGAGCGGGUUCCAGCCUCGAUGCAUAGAACCCACCCGUACGACAUGUGAAAACCCAGGGACACCUCGCUACGGCUCCCUCAACAGAACAUCUGGCUUCAAGGUGGGCAGUGUGGUGGAGUUCCAAUGCCAGCCAGGUCACCUGCUGCAGGGGUCUACAACCCGACUGUGCCAAGCCGACCUCACCUGGAGUGGAACCCAGCCCGAGUGCAUCCCCCACUCCUGCAAGCAGCCAGAGAGCCCAUCCAAUGUCAACGUGGUGGGGAUGGACCUGCCCUCCUUUGGCUACACGCUCAUCUACAGCUGCCAGCCUGGCUUCUUCCUGUCUGGAGGCUCUGAGCACAGGGUCUGCAAGUCGGACGGGACCUGGACCGGGAAGCCACCAGUGUGCCGAGCGGGCUCCAAGUUAUCUGACAAAACACAUAAGCCUGUGCCAGGGACCCCCAGUCCAAAACUCAACGUUCCGGAUGACGUCUUUGCUCCAAAUUACAUCUGGAAAGGCUCCUAUAACUACAAAGGAAGGAAACAACCAAUGACUUUGACUAUCACAAGCUUUAACACUACAACGGGUAGAGUUAAUGUGACAUUAACCAACAGCAACAUGGAGCUGCUGCUUUCAGGUCUUUAUAAAAGCCAGGAGGCCCGGCUAAUGCUGCUCAUGUACCAUGUGAAAUCAUCUACACACACUGCAGUGAGCAAAAUCAAAGAGGAGACGUGGUCCAUGGACGGUUUUGUAUCAGCAGAACCAGAUGGUGCCACAUAUGUCUUUCAAGGCUUCAUACAGGGUAAAGACUACGGCCAGUUCGGACUACAGAGACUAGGUCUGAACAUGUCAGAGAGUAAUAACUCUUCAAAUCCACCCCAUGGUACAAACAGUAGCUCUGUUGCCAUAGCGAUCCUUGUGCCUUUUUUUGCCCUCAUAUUCGCAGGCUUUGGAUUCUAUCUUUACAAACAGCGGACUACACCCAAAACCCAGUACACUGGUUGUUCAGUCCAUGAGAACAACAACGGACAAGCCGCUUUUGAGAACCCCAUGUACAACACCAAUGCAAAGUCUGUAGAAGGGAAAGCUGUUCGGUUUGACCCCAACUUGAACACGGUCUGCACAAUGGUAUAAUGAA